AUGUGGGCAUCAGUCUACACCUUCACAGAACAUUAUGCGAUCACUGGGAAUGCUGCCUUUGAUGCCAUCUUUGGCUCCACCGUACUGUCAUAUGUGACUAACCCAACUCCGAAGUCCCAGCCCUCCAAGGAGGUUUUUAGAAACAAGCACGGUCCAUUCCUCCUCUUUGUUUCCUUUUUACAUGUCCACGCACCCCUCGUCACCACAGAGAAGUUUCGUGGGAAGAGUAGACAUGGUUUAUGUGGAGAUAACGUAGAGGAGCUGGACUGGAUGGUGGGCAGAAUUCUGGAUGCUAUUGACAAAGAAGGCUUGAAGAAUAACACAUUCACUUAUUUCACAUCUGACCAUGGAGGAUCCUUGGAGGCUCAAAGACAAAAUGCCCAAUUGGGUGGUUGGAAUGGAAUACACAAAGGUGGAAAAGGCAUGGGAGGCUGGGAAGGAGGGAUCCGUGUGGCAGGGAUAUUCAGAUGGCCAGGAGUAUUGCCUGCGGAUACAGUUAUUGAUGAACCUACAAGUCAUAUGGACAUUUACCCCACAGUGGCUCACCUGGCUGCAGGGAUAAUGCCUCAGGACAGGGUGAUCGACGGCCAAAACCUGAUGCCUUUACUGCAGGGAAAAGUUCAGCUUUCAGAGCAUGAGUUCCUGUUUCACUACUGUGGGCUAUAUUUACAUGAAGUACAGUGGCACCAAAAGGACAGUGGGGCACUGUGGAAGGCUCAUCAUGUGACUCCAAUAUUCCAGGCAGAGGGUGCUGGAGCCUGUUAUAGACGUGGAAUGUGCCAUUGCUUUGGGAAAGACGUAACCCAUCGUGACCCUCCUUUGCUCUUUGAUCUCUCCAGUGACCCAGCUGAGACCAAACCUCUGUCUCCUGCCACUGAGCCCCUGUUUGACACAGUAAUAAGCAGACUAGAAAGAGCUGUUCAGGAGCAUCGCCAGACACUGACUCUGGUCCCUCAGCAGCUCUCUGGGUACAACAACAUAUGGAAGCCCUGGCUGCAGCCGUGCUGUGGGACAUUCCCAUUUUGCUGGUGUGACAAAGAAGGUGACAGUGAGCAGGAAAUUCUUUAACCAAAGAAAGAACAGGGAGGCAGUCAAACAGCUAGUAACCUGAAAAAAAAAGAGAAUAGAACUUAAAUGACUUGGAGCUAAGUACUGACAUCCAUAGGCAGGGCAA